UUGGAGCAGUUCUCAAAAACAGUGGUCAAGAGACGGUAGUAACGGGCAGACGGAGCUCUUCACGGUGCCGUCACCACACAAGGCAGGAAUGCUUGGGCUAAAAGGAACUGUCUGGAGCGGGAGGGAAGUGGGAACGGCAAGCCAUCCAAUCAGCCACCCAAAGUGUCGUUUUCCGUCCCAAUUGCCUUUUUUACUAUUUACCAAUAUGGCAGCUUGGUCCAGCCGUAUCUGACACUGGAACCAAACGGUCCAGUCCAACGCCCUUAUGAAUACUGCUGUCACCGACAGCCUACCAUCUGAAGCCAGCACCACACUUCACUGUUUCCUGUUAAUACCUGACGACUCCAAGGGCACGGUAGCCUAUAUCCCGUCACCAAAAUGGCGAAAGGAGAAGCUUUUCUUGCGCCUGCGCAAGACCUCAGGUCCCGCCCUUUUGUCUCAGUACGCUGGCGCAGGGCAGGAAGGAGGGGCUUCGAAGCAUCAGACGAAUGCCAGCGCGGCUGCGCGCUGGGGGGUGCCUUCUUACCGCGGCUGCGCGGGAGCCUGGCCGCCGGCUGUCACUGCGGUUGCGCGCGGCGAGCGGCAAUCCCGGGGCGCCUGCGCGGGUGGCUUUGCGGGCGCUCGCGGUAAGUUUGCGCCAAGUGCGCGGCAGCCGGGACGCAGACGGCGGCGGCGGCGAGAGGCGGAGCCCUGGGACCACCCCCCCCAGCACCCUUCCCCCAGUCACCUCACGUACUACAACCUCGCCUAACCUCUCACUCCCCCUCCGAUCCCCC